AUGUCUGAUAACGUUUGUUGCUUUUGUCUUGGUGGUGACACUGAUGUGCCGCCAUUUGGCAAUUUAGCCGAUGCAAAAUCGUUUGUAAAGCCUUGUUCAACAUGUUCUAUAACGGCGCAUAGUAAAUGUCUUGUGGAUUGGUUUAAUUCAUUACCAUCGGAUAAACUUCAAAUUAUUAAUGUGGAAUCUCAUAAACAAUUUGAUGAAUGGCAGAGUCGAAGAUCAGGCACUGGUGAUGCUUCAAAUGAUACUUUAUAUGAAAAUGGUGCUCCAAUUAAUAAUAUGAAUAAUAAUAUUAAUAAUAUGAAUAAUAUGAAUAAUAUGAAUAAUACUAAUAAUACUAAUAGUAAUACUAUAUAUAUAAAUUUAAGUCCUCAAGCCAUUCAACAAUGGUUAGGAAAUAUUUCUUUAAGUUUGCGAACUGAAGAAAUCGUUCCUGAGCCAAUACCUAACAAUAAUGCUAAUAUAGAUCAAAUCCCCGGUUCAUUUCCUACUGAUGACAUUAAUGAUAAUGAUAUUGAAACUGGUGAUAUUCCUCAAAUAAAUCCAUUAAAUGGUAAUGAAUCAUCAUUUGUUAUAAAGAGUCAUUCACUUAAUUUAAAUGAUUUAGGUUCUUAUUCAGUUUUAUUAAUAGCUGCCUGUCCUCAAUGUAAACAAGAUAUAAUAUUUAUUAGAAAUACUUCACAAUUUCUUUCAAUUACUUCAUCCAUAAGAAAUGCUUUAGUUAAAGGUCUUAAAUAUGGAACAAUCUUUUUAAGUUUUACUUCGGCAGUUACUGGGAUUGUAUCUAUGGGAUAUAUUGGUUUAACAACUUGUGGAUUAAAAAUGAUUGAUUGUAUAAUUCCUGGUCCAUUACUUGUACAAAUGUUAACUAAAAAUAUUAAAACUUCCAAUUCAAAUUCAAAUUUAUCAACUUUAUCACAAAUUUUAUUAGGUAAUCCUAAUGGUUAUGCAAUUGAUAAUUUAGAACAAGCAUUAAUUAAAGGAUUAAUUGAUCCACUUAAAUUUUCUAGAAUUCCUAUAUUACCUAUAGUAUUAUAUCGAUUACGUUCUUCAUCAUUUAUUAAUUGUAUAUUACAAUCUAAAUCGAAUGAUUCAAUUAAUAAUUGGUUUACAGAAUUAAUGAUUGAUGGAUAUAUUUCUUCAUUAGGUAAUCAUGAAUUAAUUCGAUCAAUUAUUAAGAAUAUUAAUUCAAUAAUUAUUGAAUUAAUUAAGAAUCCAGCUAAAACUAAAUCUACGUCUACUAAUUUAAAUUUAUUUAAGGGAAUUAAUUUCUUUUCAACUAAUAAUAUGAUAUCUAUGCUUAUUCCAAUUCGAUGGAGUUAUGAUUUAUUAUUUAGAUUUACAAUUAAUCGAUUAUUCUUUAAUAUAGCCAUGAAAAUAAGACCUCGAGAUAUUGCCAAUAGUUUAUCAUCCAAUGAAGUUGAUAAAUUAGAAAUUAUUAAUAAUCAAUUAAUUAGUUAUAAACAACAUUAUCAUAAUUCAUUAAUUAAUAAUUAUAAACAAUAUGAUAAAUAUCAUCCAUAUAAAAUCCCCAUUAUUUCUUCAAUUCAUCGAUAUUUAACUACUAGAUAUAAAAUUUUUAAUUGGAAUACUGCCAUUAAUUCAAUUAAAUGUCAUUUAAUUUCAAAUUAUUAUAAUACUUUAGUAUGUUUUAAGAAUGAUUAUUCUCAAACCUUAUCGCAAAAAUCAUUUUCAAUUAAUUUAAUAACUACACUUUUAUGGCCCUAUGUUAGUUCUCAAGUGGGGGUGGUUAUUUAUAAGUAUAUUCUUAAUCGAUUUAAUUUAUCUUCAUUAAGUGAUGAAAAGGUCUUAUUAUUAAGUAAUCUUAUUGGGAUGGUUUCUGUAGUGGUGGCUAAGGAUUUAUAUAAAGUAUAUGUGUGUUGGAAGAAGGCGUAUCAGAUAUCAGGUAUGUCACUCUUAACUAUUCAUAAGCCUAAUGAUAGCAAUAGCAACAACAAUAGCAAUACCAACAAUAGCAAUACCAACAACAAUAACAGUAAUGGUAAUGAUAAUGAUAGUGAUGAUUUUUAUUAUGACUACAAUUACAAUUCCUAUGAUAAUGAUACAGAGGUGGAAUUAGAAGAUAGUGAAUCAUUGUAUAUUUAG